GCAGAGGAGAGGAGGGGCUGGCUCUCCCCUGCCAUUACAUGACCCAGUGCAAUGCGGUUAAUGAUAUGACAGUGUCGAUCCAGCCCAGGAAGGAUUGAACGGAAGCAGAGAGAGGGGAGGGAGAAGGAGAAGAGAGAGAAAGCCAACCCAGAGAGAGAGCUUUCCCCAGCUCCUCCUCGCUUUGGCAAAGCAGCAGCUGGAUCCUGCAAAAGGCAGGCAGGCAGGCAGGCAAGCGCGCUUCCUCCUUCUCUUCUUUCUCCUCCUCCUCCUCUGCCUCGUUGGACCCUUUGCCUCUUCUUCCUCUUGUGACCUGGAGCUGAACCAGUUUGCUGUUUGACACCGAGCCGCGUCGGGAUGAUGACACGCGUUUGACACUGGAAGGCACUGGGAGGAUGGCUUUGGGGCUGGACGGAGGGGGACGCUGCUGCUGCUGCUGCUGCUGCCUUUCGGGCUGGAGAGCUUAGGCUGGGGCUUUGCUGCAUCCCAAACCUGUCACUAACCCAAGGCUUUCCAAAGGGAAGGAAGAAAGGAAAGAGGAGGCUGCUCCCCUCCUGCAAUCCAGGUUGGUAGCAAUGGAGGAAAACAAUUUGGGCCCCAUGCAGCAGAGGGCUACGGAGCUGGAGCACAUGGCCGAGGUCCUGCUCACAGGAGAACAGCUACGGCUUAGACUGCAUGAAGAAAAGAUCAUCAAAGAUCGAAGGCAUCACUUGAAGACCUACCCAAACUGCUUUGUUGCCAAAGAACUGAUUGAUUGGUUGAUCGAUCACAAGGAGGCUUCCGACAGAGAGAUGGCAAUUAAACUUGUACAGAAAUUGCUGGAUCGCAGUAUCAUCCACCACGUUUGUGAUGAGCACAAGGAGUUCAAGGACCUCAAACUCUUCUACCGCUUUAGGAAAGAUGAUGGGACAUUUCCACUUGACAAUGAAGUGAAGGCAUUCAUGAGAGGACAGAGAAUAUAUGAAAAAUUGAUGAAUACUGAAAAUGCACUUUUACAAGCCAGAGAAGAGGAAGGAAUAAAAUACGAACGUACGUUCAUGGCAUCUCAGCUGAUUGAUUGGUUGAUCCAGGAAGGGGAGGUCACUACAAGAUCUGAAGCUGAACAACUUGGCCGAAGACUGCUAGAGCAUGGGAUUAUACAGCAUGUGUCCAACAAACACCAUUUUGUAGACAGUAACUUGCUCUUCCAAUUUCGAAUGAAUUUCCGACGAAGGAGGAGGUUGAUGGAGCUGCUUGCAGAGAAAUCCCGGCAGAUGCCGGAGAGUCAUGACAGUCCCUUUUGCCUCCGGAAGCAGAAUCAUGACAACAAAAAACACACCAGUUUCCUCUCAGUGAGUCCUACCAAGGAAAUAAAGAUAAUCUCAGCCGUGAGACGGAGUAGCAUGAGCAGCUGUGGCAGCAGCGGGUAUUUCAGUAGCAGCCCCACACUCAGCAGCAGCCCCCCUGUACUGUGCAACCCCAAAUCGGUACUGAAGAGACCGGUGACUCCUGAUGAACUUCUAAUGCCUGGAGCUCCAUUUGCCAGGAAAACCUUCACAAUUGUAGGUGAUGCUGUUGGAUGGGGAUUUGUGGUGCGUGGAAGUAAGCCUUGCCAUGUUCAAGCUGUGGAUCCCAGUGGACCUGCAGCUGCAGCCGGAAUGAAGGUCUGCCAGUUUGUGGUUUCAGUGAAUGGACUCAAUGUUCUCCAUGCAGACUACAGGACAGUGAGCAAUCUCAUCCUCACAGGCCCUCGAACAAUUGUCAUGGAAGUGAUGGAAGAAAUACGCCCCUAAGAAGGACACUAGCCCCACUUUGGACUGUGGUCAAUGCACAAAUCGGAGCACCAUUGUUUGAAGAGAUGUGAGCCGCCCUUGUUUACAAACAUGGUUUUGCCUUCUCAAGAUCUUUCUCGCUUCUUUUUAACAAUCACAGAUCCUUUGAUGGAGACACUCAAAGAUUGUAUAUACUCAUGGGCAAACCCAAAGAAUAAGAUGUAGAGACUGAUAUGCAAGUUCUACUAUACUAUGGGUCAGCUGCAAGUCAGGGAUACGGCAAGCUAAGGUGGUCUGCACCAAAAGUGUGUGUGAUUCCAAUGUGAGAGUCAUCAUCAUGGCAAUAAUGAUGUUCUAGUACUAUGUUGUUCUUCUUCCGAUUUGUAGUUUUAUUUCCCUGAUAAAAGACUUAGAGUAAUAGACUUUCAUUUUGAAAAUGGAGAAUGCUUUGGAUCAGGUGCACAACUUUUUUUUGUUUUAAAAGAGGGCUGCUUAUGCUUACCCAAACUUAUGCCCAGUGAAGCCCAGUCUUGCACACUGAUUACCUUUUGCAAGUGGAGCAAGGGUAAAUCUUAAUUGUGUCAACUUUGUGUGAUUGAUUCUGCCAUUUACAUAUAGUAGAAGAAGUAUUUCUAAGUGUAGAAGACCUGUUACCACCCUAAUGGAAACACUAUUUGGUAACAUGGUAGACAAGAUAUGAGAAGUUCCAGCCUUCACACACUUAGAGCUUUUUUUUUCCUGAAGAGGAAGCCACAAAGAGCUUAUGCAUGGUAUUCAGAAAGGGAAUUGUGAAAUAUGCCCCCAGAUAAUACUAGAAACUAAGUUCAUUGGACUUAUACAGGAGUAUAAAGAGUACUACUUCAAGUGAAAUAUUUCUUCACAAAGUUCAUAGUUAAACUGUAGGACUCACUGCUACAACAUAUAGAGGAGGCUUGCAGCAUGGACAGCUGUGAAAAGAAAUAAGAUAACUUCAUGGAGGACUGGGUCAUUCACAACAGCUUGUAUCAGGUCCAGGAUCAAUAGCAGGAUACCUCUGUAUAUUAGUUGUUGGGGAACAUUAGAUGUCUUGUUUAUGAACUUCUCAUUGGAGCAUCUAGUAGAAGAGCUCUGAACAGAAACGCUGGAUCAGAAUUGCCUUUUGUUUGAUCUUAAGUUCUUACAUAUGUUUUCCCCAAUAUUACAGCUGGUAUUAGGGUGUAUAAAUCAGGAAAACAACAUGAGGAAAAGCCCUUUCAACUAUCCUUCACAGCACUGAAGCACCCUGAAGCUGUUUUUUCCAGGGAGAAAGGAACUAUCAAGAGAUGCCAUCAUAAUUCUCUCUCUUCUCCCCUAGUUUGUCACAGGUCUCUCUCCACUUUUAAGGAUUUUAAUUCAUAGAAUAAUAGAAUCUUAGAGUUUCAGUCCAACCCCCUGCCAAGAAGCAGGAAAGUGCAUUCAAAGCACUCCUGACAGAUGGCCAUCCAGCCUCUGCUUAAGAGCCUCCAAAGAAGGAGCCUCUACCACAUAAGUUCAAUUGGUAUUGAACUUAUGUUUUAAACUUAUCACCUCAGACAUAAGGGCUGGAAACUUGACUUUCUGUAAAUUUAAGCUGUGAAUUUUUGCAAUGUUGACUGUCACUGUGGAGGUGAUAUCCCUGGUGAGAUCACUGCACUAUCACCAUCUAGAUCUAAAUUUUGUAUAUCCAUAACUCUCUGUAAAAUGUUUUCUCCAUUGGUUUCAUGGUGGUUUAGGCAGGAACCUUUAUAUGCUAAACUUGCAAAUUCAUGUUGUUGAAUUCAAUGGGACUUACUCCCAAGUAGAUACUGGUCUGGAUUGAACAACUCUAAUAUGUCUUACUGCUACCUUUCUUAACACAUGGACUCCAACUCAUAAUUUUCCAACCAACAUGGCUGUAGAAGCUAGGGUUGCAUAUUUCAAGGGAAUUCAUCAUGGCUCUGUAGCAAAGAAUUCUAAGUACCUCACCAAAUUACAAAUCCCAGGAUUCCAUACAUGGAGCCAUGAUAAAGUUGUAGCAAGUUUAUGACUAUAUAUAGGUGUUCACACAGUUGUGAAGGAUGCAGAUGUGAUAGAUAUCUCAAUCUCAAUGCAUAGUCCAACACCAUUGGAAUUACUUCUGUCCUACUUCCAAGAGAUGUUGUGAUGACUGUAUAAAUCUUUUCAGAGGAUUUUUCAUACUUGUAGGAAACGUUGGAAAAGCUAUUAUUGGAGACUACACCUAUCAGUAUCCUCUAGUUAACUCUUCAAACUUGGGAGGUAACUUAAUUCCCCAACUAUGUCUUAGGUGUUGCUCUUUUGGUCCUCUUUAAAGUAAGCCUUUUUGCAGUGCUGAUAUUAAAAGAAAUGAAAGCAUUUUCAUUUUUGUUUAAAAGUUAGGCUUUGAUACCACAUUCAGGCAUCCAAAGAGCUAGGUUGCUUCUGUGAGAGAAAUGAAUCUGCCAAAGCUUGAUUUAGCAAUAUUUUCAAAACACUAAAGAAGAAGAAAGCUGCAGACAUAACUUCAUUACAAAUGUACUUCUGACACUUGAAAACACUUUUUAAAAAGAGCAGCACUUUUCACUUUGUGUGCUAUUGCAUUGAGAAUCAUUGGUUUAAUGAACCCUGGAGUCUACCAUGGAAUGAAUAUGGUAAAAUAAAGCUACAACCAGGCAA